GAGCCGCCGUGGCGGCAGCCGCCGCGGUUGCGGCCAGCCCUGGCUACCGACUGAGCACUCUCAUCGAAUUUCUGCUGCACCGGGCCUACUCUGAGCUCAUGGUCUUGACGGAUCUAUUGCCAAGGAAAUCUGAUGUAGAAAGGAAAAUAGAAAUAGUACAAUUUGCUAGCCGGACACGUCAACUCUUCGUUCGAUUAUUAGCUUUAGUGAAGUGGGCUAAUAAUGCUGACAAAGUGGAGAAAUGUGCGAUGAUUUCAAGCUUUUUAGAUCAGCAAGCCAUCCUGUUUGUGGACACUGCUGAUCGCUUGGCCUCGUUAGCUAGAGAUGCUCUGGUCCAUGCACGCCUGCCUAGUUUUGCCAUCCCAUAUGCCAUUGAUGUACUGACUACUGGCUCCUACCCACGGCUGCCAACUUGUAUUAGGGAUAAAAUUAUUCCUCCAGAUCCAAUUACCAAAAUUGAGAAACAAGCCACGCUUCAUCAACUUAAUCAGAUUCUUAGACAUCGGCUAGUAACUACAGAUCUUCCGCCUCAGCUAGCAAAUCUUACAGUUGCAAAUGGCCGUGUCAAGUUUCGAGUUGAAGGAGAAUUUGAAGCCACCUUGACAGUGAUGGGAGAUGACCCUGAUGUCCCAUGGCGUCUUCUCAAGCUGGAAAUUCUUGUUGAGGAUAAGGAAACAGGAGAUGGGCGAGCUUUGGUUCAUAGUAUGCAAAUCAACUUUAUCCAUCAGCUGGUGCAGUCGAGGCUCUUCGCUGAUGAGAAACCUCUUCAGGACAUGUACAACUGUCUACAUUCUUUCUGCUUAUCACUUCAGUUAGAAGUGUUACAUUCUCAGACUCUAAUGUUAAUCCGGGAGCGUUGGGGAGACCUUGUGCAGGUAGAAAGGUAUCAUGCAGGAAAGUGCCUUUCCCUCUCUGUUUGGAAUCAACAGAUUCUUGGUAGAAAAACAGGAACAGCAUCUGUUCACAAAGUUACAAUUAAAAUUGAUGAGAAUGAUGUCUCCAAGCCUUUACAGAUUUUUCAUGAUCCUCCUUUGCCAGCUUCUGAUUCCAAAUUAGUAGAAAGAGCCAUGAAGAUUGACCACUUAUCAAUAGAAAAACUCCUGAUUGACAGUGUCCAUGCAAGAGCUCAUCAGAAGCUCCAGGAACUGAAGGCCAUUCUUAGAGGCUUCAAUGCCAAUGAAAACUCUUCCAUAGAGACUGCACUUCCAGCGCUUGUUGUCCCCAUUUUGGAGCCCUGUGGUAAUUCGGAGUGCCUACACAUUUUUGUAGAUUUGCAUUCUGGAAUGUUCCAGUUGAUGCUCUAUGGACUUGACCAAGCCACUCUGGAUGACAUGGAGAAAUCUAUCAAUGAUGAUAUGAAGCGGAUCAUUCCUUGGAUUCAGCAACUGAAGUUUUGGCUUGGACAACAGCGUUGCAAACAAUCUAUAAAACAUCUGCCUACGAUAAGCAGUGAAACAUUGCAGCUUUCUAAUUACUCAACUCAUCCUAUUGGAAAACUUUCUAAGAAUAAGCUGUUCAUUAAACUUACCCGACUUCCACAGUACUACAUUGUUGUAGAAAUGCUGGAGGUUCCAAAUAAACCUACGCAGCUGUCAUACAAGUACUACUUCCUGUCUGUGAGUGCUGCAGAUCGUGAAGAUGGCCCUGUUAUGGCACUGCUGCUACAGCAGUUCAAGGAAAACAUCCAGGACAUGAUUUUCCGGAAACCUGGGAAACAGACCAGAACUGGUACCAAGCGCAAGUUGUCUGAGGAUUCAUGUCCAGUAGAAUCCAAGAAAACCAAAAGAUCAGGAGAAACGUGUGCCUUCAAUAAAGUUCUAGCUCACUUUGUUGCUAUGUGUGAUACAAACAUGCCAUUUGUAGGACUUAGGCUGGAGUUGUCCAAUCUGGAGAUCCCACACCAAGGAGUGCAAGUGGAAGGUGAUGGCUUCAGCCACGCUAUUCGCUUAUUAAAAAUUCCUCCCUGUAAGGGUGUAAAUGAGGAAACCCAAAAGGCUCUGGAUCGCUCUCUCCUUGAUUGCACUUUCCGAUUACAAGGUAGAAAUAACCGCACAUGGGUGGCAGAGUUAGUGUUUGCAAACUGUCCACUUAAUGGCACUUCUACCAGGGAGCAAGGACCAUCCAGGCAUGUUUACCUGACAUAUGAAAAUCUGUUGUCUGAACCUGUUGGUGGUAGAAAAGUGGUUGAAAUGUUCCUUAAUGACUGGAGCAGCAUUGCACGAUUAUAUGAGUGUGUGUUGGAAUUUGCACGUUCUCUACCAGAUAUACCUGCUCAUCUCAAUAUUUUUUCAGAAGUUCGUGUUUAUAAUUACCGAAAACUUAUUUUGUGUUAUGGAACCACCAAGGGAAGCUCAAUUAGUAUCCAGUGGAAUUCCAUCCAUCAGAAAUUCCAUAUUUCUUUGGGAACAGUUGGCCCAAAUUCCGGUUGCAGUAACUGCCACAAUACUAUUCUCCAUCAGCUUCAAGAAAUGUUCAACAAAACACCAAAUGUGGUUCAGUUAUUACAGGUACUGUUCGAUACUCAGGCUCCAUUAAAUGCCAUCAACAAACUCCCCACUGUGCCGAUGUUGGGCCUGACCCAGAGAACCAACACUGCCUACCAGUGCUUCUCCAUUCUGCCGCAGUCAUCCACCCACAUCAGACUGGCCUUCAGGAACAUGUACUGCAUUGACAUAUAUUGCCGGAGUCGAGGCGUGGUGGCAAUACGGGAUGGAGCCUAUAGUCUUUUUGAUAACAGCAAGUUAGUUGAAGGUUUUUAUCCUGCACCAGGACUAAAGACGUUCCUGAAUAUGUUUGUUGACAGCAAUCAGGAUGCCCGAAGAAGGUCUGUAAAUGAGGACGAUAAUCCCCCUUCUCCUAUAGGAGGAGAUAUGAUGGACUCUUUAAUAUCACAGCUCCAGCCGCCACCCCAGCAGCAGCCAUUUGCAAAGCAGCCGGGAACAUCAGGAGCUUAUCCCCUUACUUCGCCCCCCGCAUCUUAUCACAGCACAGUUAAUCAAUCUCCCUCUAUGAUGCACACACAGUCUCCAGAAUAUAAGCUCCAUGAGAGCAGGAAUUUUUGUCUCUUGUUAACUGCUGCAUCCUCAGUGCCUAAAACAGUGCUUGGCAUGAAGUUGGCAUUCAUGCCUACUUAUUCAAUGAGAAAUCUGCAUGCUGCCAGCUCCCCCAGUGGGGCUUUGAGAGCCCCAUCACCAGCGUCAUUUGUUCCAACUCCUCCCCCAUCCUCGCAUGGAAUCUCAAUAGGACCAGGGGCCAGUUUUGCUAGUCCACAUGGAACUCUUGAUCCUAGUUCCCCUUACACUAUGGUGUCACCAAGUGGACGAGCAGGGAACUGGCCAGGGUCUCCUCAAGUGUCAGGUCCUUCACCAGCCACACGUUUACCUGGAAUGUCACCAGCCAACCCAUCACUACAUUCUCCAGUUCCAGAUGCUUCUCAUUCCCCUCGAGCUGGAACAAGUUCCCAAACAAUGCCAACAAACAUGCCUCCACCUCGUAAGCUACCUCAGCGCUCUUGGGCGGCAUCCAUACCAACCAUCCUCACUCACAGUGCCUUGAACAUUUUACUGCUGCCCUCGCCAACGCCAGGCCUUGUGCCUGGCCUGGCAGGGAGUUAUCUUUGUUCCCCACUUGAGAGAUUCCUUGGAUCGGUCAUCAUGAGACGACACCUUCAAAGAAUUAUUCAACAAGAAACGCUGCAGCUGAUAAAUUCCAAUGAACCUGGAGUGAUCAUGUUUAAAACUGAUGCACUAAAAUGCAGAGUAGCCCUUAGUCCCAAAACCAACCAGACGCUUCAGCUAAAAGUGACACCUGAAAAUGCAGGACAGUGGAAACCUGAUGAACUUCAAGUUUUGGAGAAAUUCUUUGAGACAAGAGUUGCAGGACCACCGUUUAAAGCCAAUACAUUAAUAGCCUUCACCAAACUGUUAGGAGCACCUACACACAUCCUCAGGGACUGUGUGCAUAUUAUGAAGCUAGAGCUGUUCCCUGACCAGGCAACACAGCUAAAAUGGAACGUUCAGUUUUGCCUGACGAUCCCUCCCAGUGCACCACCAAUUGCACCUCCUGGGACGCCUGCUGUGGUGCUGAAAUCCAAAAUGCUAUUUUUUCUUCAACUAACUCAGAAAACAUCGGUCCCUCCCCAAGAACCUGUUAGUAUUAUAGUUCCAAUCAUUUAUGACAUGGCUUCAGGUACAACCCAGCAGGCAGACAUUCCCAGACAGCAGAACUCUUCUGUUGCUGCUCCCAUGAUGGUCAGCAGCAUUCUGAAGAGGUUUGCAGAGAUGAAUCCACCACGACAAGGUGAAUGCACAAUAUUUGCAGCUGUUCGUGAUUUAAUGGCUAAUCUUACACUGCCCCCUGGUGGGCGUCCAUAGAUACUAUUGUUUUUAAACCAGGAAGGCUGACAAAUGAGACAAAACAACCAAAAAAAGUCUGAAUUCAGCCUUCAGUUUAAAAAAGGAAAAGGACUUUUUUUGAUUUUAGGAACUAACUAUUCUAAACUGGCAAAAAAUUUCAGGGUGCACUUCUUUCAUCAGAAUCAUCAGUCUUUUGUAUAGUGAACUUGUAUAGUGUGUUUAAAUGGGACACGUUUCAAACUAGGUAAUUUAUCAGUGUCCACUUGCCAGUAAUAGAGUUAAUAUUCUGUUUUAUACUAUAAAGCUAUGAAAUUGCCAAACUUGUUUAUUUAAUUGUUUUCUUAUGUUUUGGGUGUAAUAGUCCUUUUUUAUUUUUGUUUUGUUUUUUAAGGCAGGUCUGUCAUUUUUGAAUACUGUAAAACUGUGAUAAACUUUAUAUUGAAGCUGUAUUUUAAUAUGACCGCUUUGAAUCCUUACAUG